AUGGCUGGUCUCUUUGGCAACAGAGGAAAUCCUUCAGGCUAUGGACGCCCUCCACAGCCUGCAAGACCGUCCCAGCCAUAUCAAGCCGGAUAUAGUGACCAACCUACGGGAGGAUAUGGUGCACCACCACCUCAACCAAGACUACCAGCGAGACCCUCGGGAGGUCGCCAACAGGGAGGACACUCUCUUCACUUACAGCCUACCAAGUCCCCCAACCCUACUUACACCUUCACCAACCUCGUCGCAGUCUCGUCGAGGGACAUACCACCUCCACAAGGUGCUAGUCCAGACGUCUACCUCCUGCUCAAUGGGCAAUAUGUGGUCUCUGCUCGUCCAACCGAGGAGAUACAACCCGGUCAGAUUGGUCUUUCGACCCCGCAAAGAGAGUGGAUGAACAUAGCACUUACCGAUUUUGUGAAUGUCGAACCGUUCGAUAUAUUCGCUCAUGGAGGACAGGCAUAUCUAGGGACUAUGGAUGUUGAAGUUGGGUUUGCUGGGAGAAAGAUACACGAAAAUCCUUACGAUCAAGAUGAGCUGGCCAAAACUGUAACGAGGAUCUUUCACGACCAGGUGUUCGCUCCUGGCCAGAAGUUCUUGAUGGAUGAUAGGAGUACACCAAUAGCCUUUCAGGUAAAGACAGUACAACUUAUGAACCUGUCUGAGAAGCCUUCGACGAGUGGCUCUCCUGUGACUUCGGACCCCAUGGCUAGGGGCAUGCUCACAAACCAGACUCAGAUCAACUUCUUCAGAGACCCGAAGUCUCCGAUAAAUCUCAAGGCUUCUUCGAGGAGGCCCGCUACCAAUGCUAUCGUCUCCCCUGACUUCAAAUUCGAGGAUAUGGGCAUAGGUGGUCUCGAUACUGAAUUUAGCACUAUCUUCCGAAGAGCAUUUGCUUCUCGUAUCUUUCCUCCUGGUCUCGUCGAGAAACUUGGCAUUCAGCACGUCAAGGGUAUUCUGCUCUACGGCCCACCAGGUACGGGAAAGACCUUGAUAGCACGGCAGAUAGGCAAAAUGCUCAAUGCACGAGAACCAAAAGUUAUCAACGGUCCUGAGGUACUCAAUAAAUACGUGGGUCAAUCCGAGGAGAAUAUCAGAAAGCUAUUUGCAGAUGCAGAAAAGGAGUACAAGGAAAAGGGAGACGAGUCUGGUCUACACAUCAUUAUCUUCGAUGAGCUCGAUGCUGUAUGUAAGCAGAGAGGAAGUGGUGCUGGUGGUGGCACGGGUGUUGGCGACAGUGUGGUGAACCAGCUGUUGUCUAAGCUGGACGGUGUGGAUCAACUCAACAACAUCUUACUGAUUGGUAUGACGAAUCGUAUGGACAUGAUUGACGACGCUCUAUUGAGACCUGGUCGUUUGGAGGUGCAUAUGGAGAUCUCCUUACCUGACGAACACGGACGACAGCAGAUCCUGAAAAUUCAUACAACUAAAAUGCGGAACAACAAUGUCAUGGAUACCGACGUCAACAUGGCUGAACUGGCACAUCUUACCAAGAACUUCUCAGGAGCUGAAAUAGGUGGUCUCGUCAAAUCAGCGACCUCGUUCGCCUUCAAUCGACACGUCAAGGUCGGCACCAUGGCUGGGGUGUCAGAUGAUGUUGUCAAUAUGAAAGUCAACCGUGACGAUUUUAUGCAUGCUUUGGAAGAAGUCAAACCUGCUUUCGGUGUUUCAGAAGAGCAACUAUCAGAGUGCUUACAGGGAGGUAUCAUCCAUUAUUCGCCAUACAUCAAAGCCAUCCUGGACGAAGGUAGCCUAUUCGUCAAGCAAGUGCGAGACACCGGGAAGGACGCCAAAUCGUUGCUAUCUGUUGUUUUCCACGGUUCUGCAGGUUCUGGGAAAACAGCACUUGCAGCUCAGAUUGCAAUUGACUCGGGAUAUCCUUUCAUCAAACUACUCUCACCAGAAGACAUGCUGGGCUAUGGUGAGGCUGCAAAGAUAUCACACAUAACCAGAAUCUUCAUGGACGCUUACAAGAGUACAACGAGCUGUGUGGUUAUCGACUCUAUAGAGCGUAUAUUAGAGUGGGUACCUAUUGGACCCAGAUUCAGCAACCCUAUCCUUCAGACUCUUAUUACCUGCCUACGAAAAAUGCCCCCAAGUGGACGUCGCCUACUCAUCCUUGCUACCACGACUGAACGCAGUGUUCUGCAACAACUUGACAUGUUCAGCCACUUUAACAGUGAUGUUUCCGUACCGACCUUGAGGACCUAUGACGAGCUAGCUCUGGUCAUGAGAGAGUCUAAGGUCUUUAGCCAAGAAGACAUCAGGCAGGCGAUCGACGAGAUUCAGCAGAUUACUGGUUCAGAAGAUGUUAGAAUUGGCAUAAAGAAGGUGCUGCUGGGUAUAGAGACAGCUAGGCAGGAUGAGGACAAUAUCUCCUCCAGAUUUGCUAGUGUCAUAUCUAGAGCCAUAGCUGAGAGGGCAUAG